AUGAAGCUGUUGGUGGACGAGAUGAAAAAGAAAAAGCCAGUGGAACCUCCUCCUGAACCAGUCAACCCAGCAAAGGAAUUGUUACAAAUGCUAAAGAUUGUUGCGGGAGAGGAGGCAGAUGAGCAAGCAAGGGUGGCCACAAUACCUAAGUCUGCAACUAAGUCAAGGUUUUGUGACUGGGUGGCAAACUAUGCCUUCCCAGAAGGUCAAAAAGUUCCCACUAUUGUUGGCACGUAUGAUGGUACCAGAGACCCAGAAGAUCACCUUGCAAUCUAUGAUCAAGCCGUAUUAACUGAAAAAUGGGUGGACCCCGUGGCCUGCCACCUAUUCCCAGGCACCUUACAAGGUUACGCCUUAGAGUGGUUCACUAAGUUACCAGAGAAACGCAUUCAAGACUAUGCAGAUUUGAAGAAGAAAUUUAUAACUCAAUUUGCUCAGCAGAAGAAGCGUCAGGGAAGCCACUUGGAAGCUCACUUGAUUAGGCAAAGAGGUAAUGAAUCAUUGAGAGACGUCAUUGCAAGACACACUAAGGAAUAUCAAAAAAUACCAAGCCUCCCAGAAAGCCAACAGGUCUCAGGUUUUACCUUGGCAUUACUCCCUGGUGAUCUUCAGGACGAUCUAUGUAAGAGAAUUCCAUCGACGUUUAGAGAAGCUACGGAAAGAGCUUUUGAUUUCAUUCGAUCCAGGGAAACUGCCCUCCUUAUGAAAGGGGCCAUUGGAAGGGAUAGGCCUGGGGAAAGUCUUGGUGCCGGACGCUCGGGAGGUGGAAGAUAUGAUGCUAGAAGAAAUGAUAGAAGGUUUGAUCAUAGAGACACUAAAAGGAGAGAAGAAAGAAGAGAUGAUAUGAAGGAUGACAGAAGGGAAAAGAGAAGUGGCCCUUAUGACAGAAUAGUCAACUUGAUAAAAUCUCUAAGGGAGAUCCUUAAGACUGAAAGAGUGGGGGAAAACUUCAAACCUCCUCGACCUAUGAUACACAGGACCGGAAAGAAGGAUAUGUCAAAGUAUUGUGAGUUCCAUGAAGACCAUGGCCAUGAGACAAAUGCAUGCAGAGAGCUUAAGAUCGAGAUAAAGAGAGCCUUGGAUGAGGGAAAGUUGGAACACUUAGUCCCUGGUGCAAAGCAAGGAAAACAAGCUACCCAGGCUAAGAAAGCUUAUACUUGGCAAAAGAAGGAUGGGAGAUAUGAUAGACCACCACCCCCUGAUGGCCAUGUGUACAUGAUAAGAGAGAAACAUAAGUAUGAGAAAAGAAAGGUAGAGGUUCUGGAACCAUGGGGGAUGGUCUCAAUCUCUUUUCCUCUAGUAGAGGCUGUUUCUUCUAAUCCAGUGGUGAUACAAGCUAGAGUAGCAAACUUUGAAGUCCGGAAGGUAUACUUAGACAAUGAAAACUCAUCCGACAUAAUAUAUGAUCAUUGUUUCCAAAAACUUCCUCAAAGAAUCAAAGAUAUCAAACGCCCGUCAAGGACAUAA